UUUGGUUGGUGUCACGGCUGCAAUGUCAAAUGAUGUCAGACGAAAUAAUAAAAUAAUAAACACCCUAGUUUUUAUUAUUAGUUAUUAUUCAAAUGUUUAUAUGUAAAUAAGUUAAAAAUUUUAGAAGUUUUUUCAUUUAUCUAAAAUAUCUAUUUAUUAAAAAAUUAAUAAUAAAAAAUGGCUGCAAUACGUCAUACGUUACAACGUGAAAUAUUUACUCCAAGUGAUGAAAAAUUGUUGAGUGUUUGUUUUGUUAGUAAAUCAUAUAAAAAAAAGAAGACAAGUUUUUUAUGUUUAGUAACAACAAUAGAUGUACCAGAAACAUUAAUGAUUUAUCAAAUAAAAAAAAAUGAUAAAAAUGUAUUUAAAAAAAAACAGUCCUGGUUACUCACUGACGUCCAAGUUGUUGAUGGAAUAAAAACAGAUUCCAUGGAUAUUGAGUUACAUAUUGAUAAAAUUUAUCGGUGGACUGUUGCUACAUCACAAGAAUGCCGGACUUUUAUUAGUAAUUUAUACACUUUUUCAUGUAGCUUGUCUCAAAGGCCAGAAUUUAAAAAUAUAUCUAAAGAAUGGUUGAUUGAUCCAACGAAUCUUACUGAAAGUGACAGCAUCACAUUGACUCCAGAUUUAUUAACACCAGUAAUCUCAUCAGACUACCAGCCAAUAACUAAUAAAGAAGCAACAGACCUCGAAACAUUGAUGUUAGACUGCAGUUAUGCAAUAUCAAAUGCCGAGUUAUUUAUGCAAACUCUUUCAAAAGAUCUGUCAAUAUUAGACGGUGAAAAUGUCCAAUCAGUUUUAGCAUCAGAGCCUCAAGUAAUUCAACUAAUGAAUGGCAUUGAAGCGGCAAUAGUUGAAGCCUCUGUAGUCGAAGCCCGACUUACAGCGUAUGAUGAAGCUCUGGGACGAAUUCGUGAAGUAAUGGCUCGAGUUGGCCAAAAGAACCAAGCUAUUCACACCGCAAAUCGUAACGCUAGAUUACUAUUAGAGCAUUUGGACACAAUAAUAACUCAGUUAGACAUAUCGAAUGAGCAUCAAAAAAUAAUAAACGAAUCAGAGUUGCCAGGUGGCAGAGCUGAGUUAGUUUUAGCAGGACAAGCAGUAUUGAAGGCAAUCUCAGUAUCACUGCCCGUUGGUCUUGAUAAAUUAAGCGCAGUGACUGAACAAAAGCGGCGAUUAGAUAAAUUGAAAGUUAAAUUUUCUCUUUUAGUUGCUCGACACCUCAAUAAUUUAUUUAUUCAUUUAGGCAAUGACAUCGGUGAAAUUUCUUCUACGUCAGAUUUAGUUUUGCCAACUCACUCAUCAUUGCAUCGUGAAUUAGAGCCUUACACUGAAUUGAUGCAAUUGCUUCGUGCAUUAGACAAUAAAACAUUUUCUCAAUUGAUAAAAGUUUACACCAACACAAUGAGCAAAUUGUAUCAAAGGGAUUUAAAGAUAUUUUUUGAAGAAGCUAAAACAUGCUUAAUUAAUUCACGGCCUAGCUUAAGUUCAUCUAAACAAAGUGGACAAAAAAAAGAUGAUGAUUUAUUUACACCCGCGCCUAUUUGCUUGCUAAGCAAUGAAGUAUGGACAUCACAAAAUGACGGAGUAAUUUUAGACUCGAUAUUAAAUCGUGUAUUGUCUCAAUUGCAACCGAUUAGUUUGGCCGAGCAAGCAUUUUGUGUGACUUUUUUUCAAUUAGAUUCUGUACUUUCACCAUCCAAGCCUGAAAAUGAAGAGACCAUUGGUAUGGGUGAUAAUACAAGCAAUGAAGCAGUAAGUCCUGGAUCGGUUACCUCAACAGUUAGCAAAAAAUUGGAGCGACAAGUCAAUGAAGAAGUUCGCGCGACAAUGGGUGCUAUUUUUCCGUCGUUAGAAAUAGAAUUGAAUAAUUUCAUUUCAUUUUUGGAUAAAAUUGAUAGCUUCUGGUGUAUGUACCUACUGGUGAGAUUGUCUCAACAUGUUAUGUCGGCACAGGACACUGGAUCAUUUUUGUCGAUGACUUUUGCAUCGGCUUUGGUGCAAGUUAAAAGAUCUUUUGAUAAAUUUAUGCAACUACAGCAACAGUCUAUUUUAAAAGACACUAAAGUUAAUCGGAGGAAUAAGUGUGGGAUAUUGCCUUAUGUUGCUAAUUUUGGGUCCUUUGCUAGAAUUACUGAUAAGAUAUUCAAAAAUUCAGAUCGAAAAGUUGACUUGGAAAAAUCUUAUACUAAAUUAGUUGCGACUAUGUUUGAAGCUAUUAAUAUUCAUAGUACUGAGCAUCAUAAAACACCGCAAGAAGUUAUUAAAAUGGAAAAUUUCCAUCAUUUAUAUGAUUUGUUAUCACAAUUAAAAAUAUCGGUUUUGGAUCAGGAGCGAAAAAGUGCUAAGCAAAGAUACCAAGAUGCAUUGAAAGCAUAUGUUACUAGAUAUUUUGGUCGUCCUUUAGAAAAACUCAAUCUGUUCUUUGAAGGCGUUCAAGCAAAAGUUGGUGCUGGAGUUAAAGAAUCUGAAAUAAGUUACCAAAUGGCAUUUAGUAAACAGGAAUUACGUCGAGUUGUUAAAGAAUAUCCAGCUCGAGAAGUUAAAAAAGGAUUAGAAAAUUUGUAUCGAAAAGUUGAAAAACAUUUAUGUGAAGAAGAAAACUUAUUACAAGUCGUUUGGCGUGAAAUGCAGGGUGAAUUUAUUGCUCAGUAUAUUUACAUCGAAGAGUUGAUUCAACGAUGUUACCCGGACAGUCAAAUAGCUCUUGAAUUUACUAUUCAAAAUAUAUUAGAAUUUUUUUCAGAAAUUGCGAGAUCGCAUUAGAAGUUUAAUGUAAAAAUGUUGUUUAUU